AUGAAGUUAUUAACGGAAGAGAGCUACACGAGUCCUAGUUCGAGUUUUUCAACUGAGGAAUCUUCAAAUAAUUCUACUUUUCAUAGCAAACGUAAUGCUAAAAUAGAGGAUCAAGAGGCAAUUAUUGAUCGUGCUAAAGAGUUUAUGAACGAUUUUAGUGAACCAUCAAACUUAAUUGGAUUCAAACUUUUAAUUGAAGAUCCUGACGUAAAAUUACCUGCAGAAUUAUUGGUUGAUGCGCUCUUAUUACUUAGUAAUUCUUCUUCAUUUGAGUGCAGCAUAGGAAAUAUCAUUCCACAUUUAGAAUUACGCCUACGGACUUGGGUUGCAGUUUUAGAAACAGUGUUCUAUUCUUCUAUUGUAUUAACUCGUGAAAUAAGAGAAAAGCUCUAUAGUAAUUUAAAUAGUUUUGUUGAAAUUCACUACCAAAUAAGCAAAGUCUGUCACGAUAAUGAUAGUAUAUAUACACCUAAAGGAAUUUACAACAACGAUGAUAAUGAUGCUAAAUUUCCAAAUUUUAACAUUAAUUUUUUAUUACUCCACUUGCGAGAUACCUUAUACAUUAUGCGUGAUGAUGAAACUUAUUUUGACGAAUUCUUAAGAUGUGUCAAGAAAGGCCUUUUAACAUUUAUUAAAGUCAUUCCCGAAACAUCUAAUGGUUUCAAAAACAUUCCAAUUACGUUUGGUAAAUUAUUUGUUAGUGGAACUAUACCAAGAUUUGCCGACGUUUUUAGGCUUAAAUACCCUAUAAAUUAUUGGUAUCAAUUAUGGCGUGAACUCUUGUUUAUACAUUAUUCAUUAAAAAUUCUAGUUCAGGAGAGUGAUUAUAAUAUUUUACAAUUUUAUAACGAGACUUAUAUUCUUGAAUCUCUUUGGCAUUAUGCUUUUAAUGAGAAUUACGAGCAACCAACAUAUUCAGAUGUUUUAACUAUCUUGAAUGAUCGAAAUGAAUUUUAUGAAUUUUCCAAUUUAUGGACCGGAGAAGAACCAAUUACCCUAUCAAACAUAUUAUGGUUUGGAAUAUUAGAUCUUGCACAAAAUUUAAGCUAUAAAACAAUUCAACCUUCUAGUUUAGCAUUCUGUUAUUACUUGGGUUUAGAAUCAUUACAAAAAUCUCAAGGUUGUUUUAUUCAAUUUAAAUCUUUAGAAUUACUCUUAUCAUUAUCUUAUCGAGAACCUGAUUGGUUUGAAGACAUGGUACAAAGGGAAAUAGAUCAUUAUCUUGAAGCGUUACCAACAGAUGCUCAGAAAAAUUUUAUCAAUUUAAUUCGUGACGUAAAGAAAAAACUUCAAUUAGAUAAUGAAUUUAUGAAUCAUUUAAAUACGGACAAUAACAAAGAACAAUCAGUAACUAAGAACAAUUCUUCUGAUUCAAAUUUAAAUUUUUUAGUAAAAAUAAUUGCGGAGAAUUUUACCUGCCCAAUUACUGGACAAAUAACUGGCGAUUUUCUUAUUUUAUCAUGUUGUGGUCUUUCUGUUAGUUAUUAUGCCAUUGAUGAAUGGAAAAAAAUGUCUACAUUUGAGAAUAAAUUAUUCGAUUGUCCAUUUUGUAAAACUGAAAUAGAUCAAGAAUCACUUUAUAAUCUUAUACAAGACGCGAUGAUAAAAGGUCUUCACGAAAGGUUAAAACAAGCUGGAUGUUUAAAUAAUUUAAUGGAAACCCGAGAAAUAUCUACAAAUAAAAAUUAUUUAACGGAUGAUGUCUUGUUUUUAAAAAUGGAAAACAUGCAUAUAUUUAGAAUUCAUUUAUCAUUAAAAUCUCCCAUUAUAGUUUUACGAAAAAUUUGUCCAAAGAAUUUACAUCCUGCAUAUAAUAAAGCAGCUGAAGCAGAACAACGAAAAGAUUAUGCGACUUCUAUGAUGUGGUUAACACAAAUUUUACAAUUUUAUCCAAAAAAUUAUUCUAUUCAAUGUAGAAGAGCAUUUUCAUUUUGGAAACUUGGAUUAUAUCAACAUGCUUUAAAAGAUUUAGCAAUAGUAAUUCAUUUAAAAUCAUUAAAACCUUUAGCUUAUUUAUAUAGAUCUGAUAUUUAUAAUGAAAUAGGAAAAUAUAAAGAAGCUCUUACGAAUGCUAGUAAAUUAUUGGAAUUAAAUCCGAAUGAUUCAAUUGCAUUUUAUAAUCGAGGAUUAAUUUAUUAUAAUAUAGGAAGAUAUGAGGAAGCACUUGCUGAUUACGAUAAAUCAUUAGAAAUAGAUCCGAACAAUGCAAAUACAUUAAAUAAUCGAGAAUCAUUAAUUAAUCGUGGGACAAUUUAUUUUGAAAUGGGAAGAUAUAAACAAGCCCUUUCUGAUUUCGAUAAAGCAUUGGAAAUAGAUCCUUACAAUGUAGGUGCGUUACGUAAUCGCAAAUUAAUUUAUGAAAAUAUAGAAAGAUAUAGAAAAGCAUCUGCAAAUUGUAAUAAAUCUUAUUACAAAGUAGAUAAAUAUGAAAAGUUACCUGUAAAUUUUAACAAACCAUUAGAAAUAGAUUUAAAUAAUUCAAAUACAUUUUGUGAUGAUACGGAAACACUUGAGUAUUACAAUGGAUUAUUGAAAAUAGACCCAAAUCACAUAAAUGCAUUAAAUAGUCGUGGAUUAAUUUAUAGAAAGAUAGGUAAAUACAAAGAAGCACUUGAGGAUUACAAUAAAUCAUUAGAAAUAAACUCAAAUAAUGCAAAUACAUUUUAUAAUCGUGAAUCAGAACCAAACAACGCAAUUACUAUUUACAAUCGUGGAUUAGCUUACGAUAACAUGUGUAAAUAUAAAGAAGCGCUUGCAGAUUAUAAUAAAUCAUUGGAAAUAGAACCGAACAAUACAAAUGCAUUAAAUAACCGUGGAUCUAUUUAUUAUAAGAUGGGUAACUAUGAGGACGCUCUUGCUGAUUAUAAUAAAUUCUUGGAAAUAGAUCCAAACAACACAAAUGCGUAUUAUAAUCGUGGAUUAACUUAUAAUAGUAUGCUUAAAUUUAAAGAGGCACUUGCAGAUUACGAUAAAUCUUUAGAAAUAAAACCUAAUAACGCAAUUACGUUAUAUAAUCGGGGAUUAACUUAUUGCAAUAUGCAUAAAUACAAAGAAGCACUUAUAGAUUACACCAAAUCGUUGGAAAUAGAUAUAAAUAAUGCAGAUACACUUUAUAAUCGCGGAUUGACUUAUUGCAAGUUAGAUAAAUAUGAAGAAGCUCUCGCAGAUCUCAAUAAAUCAUUGGAAAUAGAACUACAUAACGCAAAUGCAUUAAAUAAUCGGGGAUCAAUUUAUUAUAAAUUGAGUAGAUAUGAAAAUGCACUCAUAGACUAUAAUAAAUCAUUAAAACUAGAUCCAAACAAUGCCAAUACAUUUUAUAAUCUAGAUAGAUAUGAGGAAGCACUUGUAGAUUUCAAUAAAUCAUUAGAACUAGAUCCAAAUAAUGCAGACACAUUAUAUAAUCGUGGACUCACUUAUUACACUAUAAGGAGGUAUGAUGAAGCAUUUGCGGAUUAUAAUAGAUCAUCAGAAAUAAAGAACGCUUCUCCCACUAAUAACACUACAUAA